AUGUCUGAAUCCCAACUUCGCGCCAUCAAGUCCGCGAUAAAGAAGCUGCUCACUGCUGCGUCGAGGAGGCAGUACUCGGGACUGGACUUCAAGAAGCAGGCGCACACGACGCACAGGUGCAUCCUGCAUCCACGCUCCAGGUUCAGGAAGUGGUGGGACGGCUUCAUCGUGCUCCUGCUCCUCAUGAACCUGGUGCUGGUCCCUCUGCACCUGGGUUUCUUCCCGACGACGGGCUUUGACUGGGCGCUCUACUCGCUCUUCUCCGACUUCAUGCUCCUCGCAGACAUGCUGCUCAACUUCAGGACCGGUAACUGCACUAAGCCCCCGCAUUCUCAAACGAUACUCAACCGGAAGCUGUUCCUCCACUGUACGCCACUUGAGCGCAGCGCCGCGCCUCGACUGCAGAAGACACUACGCUUCUUGAGAACUGCCGUGGAGUGUCAAUGA